UCGAGCUGUCUGUCACAACGAAAUUAUCGUGCACGUCCUGCACAGUGUAGAUACGGAGACCAAAGAUGACUGUGGUAAAGUCGCUGUCUCUCUUAAUCUGUGUUUUAACGUGUUCAGCUCUCAGAACCUUCCACGCCAAAAGAAUUGGGCUUGAGAUCAGCCACGUGAGCCAGAGAGUGAAAGUGUGGGCGGGAAAUGGCACGCAAGUAAAAGUGGAUCGGGAUUUCAUUGAGGAGGGCAAAGAAGCCAAGUGGCAUGAACUAACUCCACAUAUAAAAGGUUCUGAGAACUGUCCGAAGGGAAACUUUGAAGACAAAAACAGGUGCGAUGAAGUUAAGACUGUGUUUAUCGAAAGUAACCUUGAAACCAACUGGAUUAUUGAACCCGUCACCGUGUAUGCCGGAUGCAGCCAGUACCACCUUCUCGAGCUAGAGCUUGAUGUCAAGAAUUUACCCACCAAGCUGUUUUGGCGACCAGGCAAGCACUCGAGGAAUCUAUCUUUGACUUUGAAGAAGUCUGAAGAUCCCGUGGAAUGUUACAAAAUCGCAAGAGAAUCGGCUUCGCAAUCUUGGUCUGAUAUUACGUUGCAGCUUUCGUCUAAUGAGGUCCCCUGUGUUGUCAAGAGUGCCACCCUCAACGUGUCCGAAACUUGCCAAACGGAUCAGGGACAAAUAAAUCGAAUUAUGAUUUCUAGUCUGAGCGACGUUGGAAAAAGGACGCCUAGUUAUAUUUCCUUCAGCUGUGACGACCAAGACACCCUACUCUCUCGGUUCUUUCCCUUGAUCUGUCUGACGGUGUUCGCUCUGAUCGCUAUGGUCGCGGUCAUUGCCUACUUCCUGAGACGGGAGAUGUCGUCGUGCGGCCGCGAGGCCCUUUGCUGCAACGACGGGGCGCCUCAGUGUGUCCUUCCGCCCAACCAACACCCGAAGGACUCAGGCUCGCGUGGCAUCCUCCACGGACAGGAGCUGCAGGAGGAGAACGCGUAUGAGUACGUCAGCCUGAACGAUUUCCGAGAAGCCGGGGGGGCGGAGGCCACGGAGCUGCCUCCUAUCUCCAGCCACGACUCCGAAAAUUCACUCUAUUGGGAGCAAUGAAGGUACAAGCAGAAACAGUGAAAGGAAUAACAGCAACACGGUUUAAAACUCCCUCGAUGGGGAGAUUUGAAGGCAGAAGCAGAAACACUUUACAGCUGAAGUCGUCCGCCACGUGCCUACACGUCUCAAAAUAUUAAUUACCGCCCAUCUGCAUGUAGAAAUUAUUACAAAGAUUUUAUGUAACUUAGGUUUUACUAAAUCUGUACAGAUUACUACUUAAUACUGCUGUUACAGUUGAGAGAUGAGUACUGUGAUUAAUACAUAGAAAAUAAGAACAGGAAGAGACGUUUACUCUCACCCAAAUGCAAGUUCCCCAAUAUUUAUUUUUCCCGUGAUGUCAGACCUAGGCUCCGGUAUUAAUGAAAAAAAAAAAAAAAAAAUGGAAAGCACUGUAAUCUCUCGCAUAAGCCCAGGUUCCUACGCACGGACAGACCUAGAAUACUUUGAUUUUGGACGAAUAUAUUUCUAGGGAGUGCGUAGUAUGCCCUCUGUGUUAGUAUGGGGAAAUUACAACAUUUGCCGUAAAUCAACUUUCACUGGCCUCACAGUUCCAUUUCCUCAGCCAUACCCCAUACUUUUACGAAAUUAACAUGAAAACUCUAACGACUAGAGCCUGUUACUUGUGAAGGAAGAAGGCAGUUUAGCAUGAGGAAAUGGUUUUCUUUUUAAAAAUGAAAAAAACAAGAAGAGGUACCUGUUGUUUUUGUGUAAGAUCAUUAAAACUUUCCCAUGAAAAAAUCUGCCCACGUUGUCAAAAGAGACCUUUUAUGCGUGAAACAACCGUAUAUGGGUAUUUAUGCUUUGGUAUCUGAUAACAACUAAUAUUUUUUUGCAAAAUAAUUACCCCAAAAUUAGUUUUAUCUUUUUCUUCAAUUUUUUUUACAUUAAUUUUAUGUCCCCCCCCCCCCCCCCCCCCCCCACACACACACGACAAAUAUUACUUGUUAAUGCAGCCUAGUAAAGAAAUCUCAAUUUCACACCGAAUCGUAUAAUCAUAACAGCGACCAGUCGGGUAACUUCUCGAACGCUAUAUCAAUUGCUCAUUGCUCUAUGUUAAACUGUAUACCCACCACAAAAGAUCCCUCUCCCAUCACCAUGUUAAUACAAGGCUUAACUUCCUACACUUCUCAAUGGCAAGUCGGUUCAAGAAUCCCGCUCAUGAACGCGAAGUGGAAUGUGGUUUGUGUGUGAUACUGACAACGCUAGUGUAUAUGUGAUAAUGAUAUGAUUAUGUAUUGCAUACAGGUUGUGAUGUGGAAAGUAUUACUGCACCUUGAUGAUAAUAGCAUUGCAUAUUGCGAUUAAUGUCUCUUCUGUGAUGUCACACCAUGUGAGAAGAAAAUGUAUAAGAUCAUUUAGCACAUUUAGUUUAAGUUAGUGUGUAUCACAUCCCCUUCAUGCAAAUCAAUAAUGUUUCUUGUGCGAUUUAUGAUGUACGAUAAUUUGUAUGCUUUGCCACUGUUCUCUCUCUCUCUCUCUCUCUCUCUCUCUCUCUCUCUCUCUCUCUCUCUCUCUCUCUCUCUCUCUCUCUCUCUCUCUCUCUCUCUCUCUGUGUGUGUGUGUGUGUGUGUCUGUGUGUGUGGUGCAGAGCGACGUAAUGAAUUCCUUUUAAUUUUGUUAUAUCUUAUCAUUGAAAUACAUACUUUAUACAUAAUUUGUUACUGGUGUGGAUGGACACCAUACAAGACGAACGGAAACCAUUAUACUGAGUUUCAAGACGACUCUCAAGCAGUAUUUGCUCCACUGACCAGCCUCCAAGGCCUCACUCGAUGAAGCCUCUGUAGCAUGAAAACUUUAAUUUGGAUUUAAUGUUUUAUGCCUUAUGGUUUACGUUUCGUGAUACACACAUGAUCUGUACGUUUAUUAUUUUUAUAUUUUAGCAUUUCUUCUUGUUGUUAUUUAAGUCUAGUUGCAUUUCACCGUUUUAUUCUUAAGUGCUACAGUUUUAACAAUAUUAGCAUCGUGGUAUGCCUUCUUUUAUAUUUUAUGUUUAGUACUUGUAUUUUCAGGCUUGAUUUCAAGUAAAGGCUCGUUUAUAAGUCUGUUUUUUAUAUGAUUUAUUUUAUUUACAUGUUUUUUGAAGUGUUAGCCCGUCAGGUUUUUAUGAUUAAGCCUAAUUUUGUUUGCACAGUUUUGUGAUUUUCUUUAACUAGCCUUACUAUUUGAUUAUGAUUUUUACACUGAUGUGUCUAAAGAAAUAUUCCGAUUCUUUAAGACGUUUCUUUUAUGUCAAAGAGCUAGGGACCUUUGGAUCUGAAUCUUUGAAUCUCAGACUUUGAAUCUGAAACUUUGAACCAGGAUCUUUGAAUUUGAAUCGUAACCACCUUGUCCGGUCACCUGGUCUUGCCUCACAAAGAACACCCACUGUGGUUUGGUUACCAUAUACUGGCGUGCACUCCAUCUUCAUUUAGCGUUUACGGUUUAUAUGCAUCCGUUUUUGCUUUAGACUUGUGCAUUUAUGUGUUUGUAUAAUAAUUUGUAUUCAUUUGCAUUACACUUGUGUAUGUCUCUUUGUAUGAUGUGUAUUAAUAAAUUCGUAGUUUAAAUAUCUAGAAAUCAAAUCCACACAUUUCUAGCUACAUUA